AUGUCUGACGAUAAAUUAGCUUUUCAAUUAGAUGUCCUUGAGUACGAUUGGUUAAUACUAGGCACUGGAUAUGAAGAAACCCUUUAUAGUGCACAUCUCAGCAAAGUAUCAAAAUAACAGAAUCUAGUCCUUGACUUUGGCAAUACUUAUUCAAGCAACAUUCGAACAAUGAAUUUCAAGGAAUUCCACAAAUUAGAUUCAGAAUUACCCACCGAAGAACAAUUUCCAUAUCUUCAUAAGAGACCAGUCUUUAGAAUCCUUGAACUCGAUUAAAAACAAGAAUAAAUCAAUAAUUACUUUGCUACAAAAAUCAAUUCAGGAUAGGAGUUCAAACAUUUUAACAUCGAUAUGCAACCAAAAUUGCUUUUUAGUAAUAGUCCUGCUGUUUCAAUAAUGUAAUAAGCAGAUUUAGAUUAAUAUAUGGAUUUUAAGGCUGUCGAAUCCCAAUUUUUCUUUGAUUAAACUACAAAGACAUUUAAAUUAACACCAACCUCUAAGAGUGAUAUUUUCAAAUGCUAAUUUCUAAGUCUAAGUGAAAAAAAAUAAUUUUUUUAACUAUUACAUACACUUGUGAAAAUAUUUCAUAAAGUAAUUAAUUAUUAAGUUGAUCAAAAUUCAACACAAGAGUUUGACCAAAAUACUACUCAAUUAGAUGAAGAUACCUACUAAAAGUAUUUAGAAUUCAAAGAUAAAUAAGCAAUACUAUUUUUGAAUGAAAUUACAUCUAAAUCACUGAACAAAGACAAGGUCUAUUCAAUAUUAUUUUAUUCAAUUUGUUUCAUUACAUAGAGUUUUCAUAAUCAAAACAAUCUCAUAACAACCUAAGAAUUUAUUACUAAGUUCGGUAAAUGCAUUAAAUCAAUGGGUAUUCAUAGUAAAUCUCCCUUCCUAUACACAAAUUAUGGAACUGGAGAUAUUCCAUAAGGAUUUUGCAGAAUAUCAGCUGUUCAUGGAUCAGUGUUUAUAACUUAAAGUUAAAUAAGAAUACAUAAAAUAGAGAAAGAAGAUAAUCAAUAUCUAAUAUCAUCUAAUUUACAUGAAAAUAAGAUUAAAAUCAAAUAAGGAAUAAUAAUGAAUAAAUAGAUCUAUGAUUCUUAUGUUAAUUUGAAUUAACCAAACAAUGAGUAGAAUACUCAAUAAUAAUAAAAUUAUGUUUUGAUGAGAUUGAUAUUGAUUACAGCAAAAGAUUAAAAUGUUUUAUGUGAAGAAGUGAGAUCUUUAAUACUUGAUUAAUUAGAUGAGUAUCAAAGUACUCUACAUUAAUUGGAUCCAAGUAUAUAUGUAAUCCCAUGUAAACAAUUCAGCAGCAAUCCUAUAUAUAUAUUUAGAACAGAUAGUAACAGCAACAGUGCUUAUAAAGACUAUGAAUUAUUUUAUGUUUGGACAUUGCUCGACAAACAUGAAGGAAAGGAAUUGAAAGAGACAUUGAAGUAAAUUGUUGUGGAUAUUGAUUUAAAAUAUAACGAAAAUGAGUCGAAAAGCAUUAACUACAUUUGUUAUGAAAAAGUGUUAUUGUAAGAGAUGACCAAAAAAGAAUAUAAGUUUCAGCCAGACCCACAGGAAAAUAUUUUUGUGACCACUGAAGAUAACGAUGACUUAGAUUUGGAUGCCUAAACGAAAGCCUUUAUGGGAAAUGUUAAGACAGUGAAUAAGAAUUUUGAAGAACAAUACUAUAUGGUUGAAAAGGUAGCUAAAUAAUAAUAACAAAUUGAGUAAGAAAUAGAUAAUCAGCAGUACAUAUUGAACUAAUUAAUGAAUAUAAAACAAAAGGAGUGA